GGUUAUAUAUUUAUUUGGGGAAAAAGCUUAGUUUUGAUUUCAUUCAUUCAUUCAUUCGCAUCACACAGUCUCAGCUUCUUCACCUCUUUUCUCGAUCCUUCAUUUCCACCGAAACAAGCCAUGGCUAAGGGUCCAGGUCUCUACACCGACAUCGGCAAGAAAGCCAGAGAUCUGUUGUUCAAGGACUAUCACAGUGAUCAGAAAUUCAGCAUCACCACUUACUCACCAACUGGAGUUGCUAUCACUUCAUCAGGUACAAAGAAAGGUGAACUGUUUCUGGCUGAUGUUAAUACCCAGUUGAAGAACAAAAACGUCACCACUGAUAUCAAAGUUGAUACAGAAUCUAACCUUUUCACAACUAUCACUGUCAACGAACCUGCUCCUGGUGUGAAGGCUAUUUUAAGCUUCAAAGUCCCUGAUCAGACUUCUGGGAAGGUGGAACUACAAUACUUGCACGACUAUGCUGGAUUGAGCGGCAGCUUUGGGUUGAAAGCAAACCCAAUUGUUAACUUAUCUAGUGUUGUUGGAACUAAUGUUCUUGCUAUUGGUGCUGAUCUUUCUUUUGAUACCAAACUUGGGGAGUUGACAAAAUCUAAUGCUGGACUGAGCUACGCCAAAGAUGACUUGAUUGCCUCAUUGACUCUGAACAACAAAGGUGAUGCGCUGAAUGCUUCAUUCUAUCAUCUUGUUAACCCCUUGACCAACACUGCUUUUGGUGUUGAUGUGAAUCAUAGAUUCUCAACCAAAGAGAACACCUUCACACUUGGCACCCAGCAUGCAUUGGAUUCAUUGACCACAGUGAAGGCUCGCGUGACCAACGCUGGCAAGGCAAGUGCUCUUAUCCAGCACGAGUGGCGUCCCAAAUCACUCUUUACCAUUUCCGGUGAGGUAGACACCAAGGCCAUUGAAAAGAGUGCUAAGGUUGGAUUGAGUUUGGCUCUCAAACCCUGAUAAUUUUGAUCCAUCCUGGCAAGAAAUUGAGGUAGGGUUUAGGAAAACCAUAUAGUUUGUGGGAUUGAUGUUGGUUCUCUUCUUGGGUAAGAAGUGUUCAUGGUUGUUUUCUUUGCAGUUGACCAAUUCAACAUUGUAGAAAAUAAAUAGGUUUUUUAUGAACCAAAUGUUACUUUCGAAUGUUUACAAGCUAGCCACAAGCUCAGCACGCCUCUUUUAUUGAACUGAGAAUUGGUACUCUUGAGUUUUGAUGGCAUUUUUUGGAUUCAUAUAUUAUCGUAAUUUUUUGCGGAAUUUA